ACUUUUUAGUGUUUCUUCAAAUUCAUUCACAGCCAAAACAUCCUAAUUCUCUCAGUUCUCAAUUCUCAAUUUUCCUUUUCUCUCUUUAAAUUCAAAAAAAAAAAAAAAAACAUUCAUAGAUCCAUGUUGCUUCAUCAGUAAUCUCAAAUUCAAUUUAGAUUUUUUUUUUUUUAAAAAACAAUUCAAUUUAGGGUUUUUCUUCUUCUUCGCCGGAGAUUCACCAGCUGUGGCUGCCGCACGCCGUCUUCCUUCCGAUUCCGGUGCCUUCGCCGAUUGGGUGGCUCCUCCCUCCGCCAUCGUCGCCGAUGAACUCUCCCUCGGUUUCAAUUCUGCCGCCGCCGUUCCAUCCACCACCAGGAUGUGGCCCUCAUCCAGGCCCCUUGCUAUUGGUUAUGGCCACACGGCGGCGCCGCCGACGGACAUGGUGGGUCUCAUGGCCUCGGGUUUUGGAGUCGGCGUUAGCGUUUUGCCUCUCCUUACCGGCCUUGCGCCGUCGAGUGUAGGAAUUGAAGAAGCUAAUUUAAUGAUCAGCCGUGGCGGCGGCGACGGCGGCGGCGGUGGCGGUGGGGUUCAAUUCAAUGGGAAUAAUUUGGAUGGGUUUGGGAUUUUGGGAGGUGGGUCGAGUUUGAAUUCCGGUGCCGGAACUUGCCAUGACUGUGGGAACCAAGCAAAGAAAGAUUGCAGCCACCGGCGGUGCCGGAGCUGCUGUAAAAGCCGUGGAUUUGACUGUUCUACUCACGUGAAGAGCACGUGGGUUCCGGCAGCUCGGCGAAGAGAACGUCAGAUGCUGAGCGCCGCCUCAGAUGUGGCGGCCGGCGGGACUUCAUCGGGGUCUACCUCCGGCGGGAAGAAGCCGAGGCUGAUUGCGUCACAGACGACAACCAAUUCCCAUACUUCCACUUCAAACACUCCAACACCAAGCUUUGACGCUUCCUCAGCGGCCGACAUGAGUUGUAAAAAGGCAAAGAAGCUGCCGGAACAAAUACGAGCGCCGGCGGUGUUCAAGUGCGUCCGGGUGACGGCGGUGGAGGGCGGCAGCAGCGGCGGAGGGAAUGAAUAUGCAUAUCAAGCCAUCGUGAAGAUCGGCGGCCAUAUUUUUAAAGGCUAUUUAUACGACCAUGGAGUGGAAGCUAGAGAUGGGUUUCCGACGUUGUCGAAUUUGCAUCUCGGAGAUGGCGGUUCUACAUCGUCGCCGGUCAUUGAUCCUGCCGACGUUUAUGGCAGCUCCGCCGCCCGCGGCGGGGCACUGGCUGGGGGUUCCGGCUAUGGUAAUCCCAUAAAUUGAUCCAUAUUAUUUAAACAUUUUCAAUGUUGGGUUAUAGCUUUUGAAUUUAUUUAGUGGAAAAAUAAGAGAUAGGAGCCUCUACUUAUGGUUUAUUUUUAUUUGUAUAUUUAUAUUACUUACAAAUAUAAAUAUAAUCUAUUAA